AUGAUAGACAUGUCUUCAGAAAUGUGGGAGCAUCAUCCAGAUGGAGAGAUGUAUUUUGAUAAGUGUUUGGAUUUUCUAACAGAAUUAUAUCAACAUUUUAGAGAAGUUCAUGCAAAACACACAAUUGUUAUCUCUUUAUUUUCAAGGGUACAACCUAAUUUUCGCCCUACAUCAGCUACACCAACAUUUAGAUGUCUUUCCCCUUCAAAUUUAAGUAAACCCAAAGACACUGACUUUAUUCAUACAAUUUCAUUUGCAGAUUCAUUUCCAUUAACAUUAUUAAAUUCUCGUUUAAAGCAAUACUUUAGUCAAUGGAAGAAAAUGACAAGUAUUGAAAAUGAAGCUAUCUUAUGUUCUUCAAAGAAUUCAAAUUUAUUAGAAUCAAUUAUUACAGUAUUACAUCACUUUGGAUCUCAUUUUAGAGGAGGAGGAAGUGAAACUAUGUUAAUCAUUACUCCUGGUCCAGGAUUAAUUAAAUGUAAUUCAUUAGUAAAGUCAUUAUGUAAAAGAAUUGUAUUAAAAAAUUACGCGAAUAUUCAAAUGGUUUCAUUAGCAACCAAACCACUUUAUACAACUCCACUUAUACUUUUAAAUGAUGUAGAAGCCGAAGAAAGAAAUUAUUAUAUCCCGUGUUGGAUUAAAAUACGUUAUUAUCAAAGUUUUACAUUUGAUGCAUUUAAGUUAUGUAGGUCUCAUAACUGCCAUAAUUGUCUUACUAAAAAUUUUGAUAAAAAUGCAGAGUAUUUCUUUGUUCCAUUAAUUAAAAGAAAGUGUAUUGUUAAACAGGACUAUCUUGUUCCUAUUGAUCAAGAAACUUCUACUGAUAUUUGUCAAAUAAAACAAAGUCUUCUUCCAUUAAAUGGAGUUUCUCCUUUACAUAUUAAUGUCAUUCCAAAAGAACAUAGUUUGGCUUAUUGUAUCUCAGAAUCAUUAAAUCAUCCUCGAAAUGACCCAUGGGAUAAUCUUAUUAAAUUGCAAUUCCCUUCAAAAUAUAUUUCUGAAACUCCAACAAAGUUAUUUAAAAAAAUAGAAGAAAUAAAUUAUGUUGUUGUACCAUCGAAUAAUGUUAUUCCUAAACAAUUAUUUAAUAUUAUGAUUGGAAAUAGAGUUUCAUUAGGAUUUCAAUUUAAUCCUAAUACUACUUCAGAAAAUAGUGUUACACUUUAUUCUCCAGACGCUAUUCAUUUACUUCAAUUAAAAGAAAAUGGUGUUGAAGUUAAAAUUCAACAAAAAGUUUAUUCAUCAAUUUCAUUACUUCCUUAUCAUUAUUCUUUUAUUGCAAUUACUACACCACCAAUAUCUCCUGAAUUUGAUAUCACAAAGUAUAAUAAAACAACUAGAACUAUUAAUUUACAACCAUUGAGAGGAAUGAAUUGGAAAGUAUAUGACAAUUUUGAUAGUUUUACUGUAGAUGAUGUUAGUCUUGAUAAAUUUCAUUCUCAAAUAUUUCAUGUCUCUUCAAAAGAAAGUGAAGAAGAACAAUUAUUUGCAUUUUUUAAAUAUUAUGAAUUUAUCAUUUCUCAAAGUGAUAAUAUGGUUGAAUGGUUUCCAAUUAUAUUUAAUAAAAUUGAUGUUAAAAGAAAUGAAAUUGAUUAUUUUAAUAUCGACAAAGUACUUCAAACAAUGAUUAAAGAUAUUCAUGGAAAAGUUAGUGGUACAACUCUUGCUACUUGGAUGUGUAAUAAAACAAAUGUAGUUAAUAGGAUGCAUGCUAAAAUAAUUUUAAAUGCUUUACUUAAACGUCAACUAAUUAUAGGUCCAGAAGGUCAAAAUUCUUUUGUUGAUUCUCAACAAGUUAUUUAUACUACUCUUCCUUUACAGAGAACUAAUCCUGCUGAUGUUGUUGAAAGACAAGUCCAAGCAACACCUUCUCCUUUCCAUUAUCGUUCAUUCCUCGUUAGAAUAAAUUGUGGUGAAGAUAAAAAAGAAAAUUAUUUUUUAGAGAUGGCAAAAGUAUUUACCCCAAAUGAACAUUAUCACAUAGGCUUCUAUUGGUUAAAUGUCUUUAUGAGUCCAAGAACUAUGGAUUCAAUUAUUGCCUCACAUUGUAAACACUUUGAAAAGAAUGUAGAUUUGAGUUUUGUUCAACAAAUAUUACCUCGUGAUAUUGCGGUGAUGAAAUCUCUUGAUUGUAAAACUCAAAAGACAAGUAAAAAACAUCAAAAUCCAAUCAAUUGUAAGUUUCAAUGA